GAUAAGCCCCUACCCUACCCACUUGCUCCCGCCUCCGCGACCUUCUGCCUGUCGUGGGGGUCGAGUAGAGGCGCGAGUCAGUGAAAAUGUCAGUAGGUGAGCUGCGCCUGCCGUGGACGGGUGUAGGGUAAACCCGAAGUUUUCUGUAUGAUGACAGAACAUGCAUGUUUAAGGGAUAUGGUUAUGGACGGCGAUUUUGCACCGCCUCUUCCGGAGGGCCGGAGCACCAGAGCUCGACAAAACGGAGUUGUACAACCUCUGUUAACAGAUCUGUAUCAGAUAACAAUGGCAUAUGCAUAUUGGAAAUCUGGUAAAAUUGCUGAUAAUGCUGUUUUUGAUCUGUAUUUCCGAAAGAAUCCCUUCCAAGGAGAAUUCACUAUAUUUGCUGGGUUGGAGGAAUGUCUCAAGUUUUUGGAAAACUUUCAAUAUAGUGACAGUGAUAUUGAAUAUUUGAGGAAAACAUUACCACCCACAAUUGAAGCCGAAUUUUAUACAUUUUUGCGGCAGCUGACUGUGAAGGAUGUCACAGUUUAUGCAAUUGAUGAAGGAUCUGUGGUGUUCCCAAGCCUGAUGGCGACGAACGCGGCGCGCUACCGUAUGGCCGCGGGGCGCCACAUCCAGCUGCUGGAGUUCGGACUGCGGCGCGCGCAGGGUCCCGACGGAGGCCUCUCCGCCUCCAAGUACUCCUACGUGGGUGAGCCAAAGCUAUAA